CUUGUCCUUGCUUAUGGAAAUAUUCCAGACCUCCACACGAGAGGGGAGGGAACAUAUAAGCGCUUCGAAGAAGGCAGCAUGUGUCUUCAUGAAAAGCUUUACAACUCACAACCCUGCAGAUACCUCAAGGUCCACCCGAUCCACCCCAAGAGGCCCACCAUGGCAUCUAGUCCACAUUGGACACACCUCCCGUUCCGGCUCACUUCAGCCGGCGAAGUGCUGGCAGCAGGCAUUGCCCUCCCCAUCGCUUGCCUCGCCUGUGUCAUGCUUCGUUUCUUUGCUCGAGCCAGACAAAAGGUUCGCCUGGGUCUGGACGACUGGUUACUCGUGCCUGCAGCGAUUAUGGUAACCGGAAUGGGUAUAUGCUUCAUCUAUGGCUACUCCGUCCACGUAAUGGGAUACCCUACACCCUACCCCAUAAGUGACGAUCCCAAAAAGGCAUUAGCGAAGUACAACCGCGCCUACGAAAUCGAAGCUAAGAUUGAAUUUUACUUCCAACUCUUCAUGAUCGCAGCGUACGGCUUCAUCAAAGCGAGCAUCGUCCUCUUUUACCGCCGUAUCUUUGUCUCGAACAAGAAAUCCCGAUUCGCCGUCAUCUCCAACAUCUGCCUCGCCUUAACGGUGGUGUGGGCCUUGGCAUUCUUCCUCCUGUUUUUAUUCGGUUGCAAGACGAAAGUCUACCUCCAUUGGGCGCCUAUCCAGGAAGUAAGGGAGCACUGUGGGGACCCCCUUGCCGCCGAGUCAGCCUGGUCAUCUCGGACCUCAUCACUGAUUUGGCGAUCCUGCUCCUGCCCUUUCCCAAGGUAUGAGUCGACCAUCGGGGAUGAUGUCAGUUGUACUUACGAUGGCAUGCAGAUAUGGACGCUCCAAAUGUCUGUGAGACGGAAGAUUGCGCUCAGCUGUAUUUUCGGAGUGGGGUUGAUGGCGCUGUCAGCCUCUGUCGUGAGACUGGCUGUUUACCUGAUUGUCUUUGAGGUCGGGUAUGAGGCUGGAUACGACCCUGACCGUGAGUUGCCCCUUACCUUCUUGAGGACGUAUCUAAUGUGCUAG